AUGACAGAGCGCACACCUUUCGCACCACAAAAGCCAACGGGCACCCAAGACUCUUCACCGGGGUCGAACACGACAGUGGCAUCACUCUCUACACCCAGUGCCACCAAAUUCCAAGCCAUCGACGCGCAAGCCCCGGUCAAUGAGGGCUACCCGCACGGUACUCGCUUGGCUGCCAUUGUUCUCUCACUCCUGCUGGCCAUGUUUCUGGUGUCUCUUGAUAACACCAUUCUUGGAACUGCUAUCCCUAAAAUCACCGAUCAAUUCCAUGGCCUGAACAAGGUUUCAUGGUACGGAGCGGUAUACUUCAUGACCUUUGGCGGUGGGUUCCAAUCGACCUGGGGAAAGGUCUAUAAGUUCCUUCCCAUCAAACUUUGGUCCCUUAUCGGCUUGUUCAUUUUUGAGCUGGGAAGCCUCCUUUGUGGAGUCGCCCCAGAUCCCACAGCUCUGAUAGUGGGCCGGGCAAUUGCAGGGUUGGGCGGAGCUGGGGUGACGGUGGGAAUCUUCAGCAUACUUGGAUUUGCCGCCCCUCCUGAAAAGCGUCCGCAGUUAUUAGGGUAUACCGGCGCCACAUACGGAAUCGCUGCGGUUCUCAGUCCCCUUAUCGGAGGCGCCUUUACCGAUCAGUGCUUCUACGUUAACCUACCCAUUGGGGGGUUUGCGGCGGUGAUUAUCCUCGUAUUCUUCCAGGCCCCGGCCAAUGCAAUGCCCGCGCGAGCCACUCUGCGCGAAAAGUUGUUGCACAUGGACUUUGUCGGUGCCGUUCUCGUGAUGGGGUUGAUCAUCUCAUAUAUCUUAGCACUGCAGUAUGGUGGUCAAACACAUUCCUGGAAGAGUAGCGUCGUGGUCGGCUUGCUGGUCGGUUUCGUUCUCAUUCUGGGGGUCUUCGUCGCAUGGGAAAUCUACCAAAGAGAGCAUGGAAUGAUAGUUCCGCGACUGUUCAUGCAACGCUACAUCUUUGUCGGUUCCAUCUUCAUGUUCUUUUUCGGUGGCGCGUACUUCACAGUCUUGUAUUAUCUCCCCAUCUACUUCCAAAGUGUCUACAACAGUAGUCCCAUCGGAUCCGGGGUCAAGAUGCUUGCCCUCAUCAUUCCCUUGACGAUUGCCGCCAUUGUCCAAGGGGUUGCACUAUCCAAGAUCGGCAUCGUGCCUUUAUUCUGGGUGAUUGGCGGCGCGAUAGGAACCAUCGGGUGCGGGCUCUUUUAUACCAUGGGCACCCACACUUCGACUGGCCAGUGGAUUGGGUAUCAGAUCCUGGUGGGAUUUCCGAUUGGGUGGACAUUUCAGGUCGCUCUUUCCAACGCACAGGUCCAUGCGGCACCCGAGGACAUGUCGCAAGUGGCGUCUAUUGUGAAUUUCUUCGUGACCAUCGGCGGGUCUUUCUUCCUGUCCGCCGCACAAUCCGCUUUAUUUCUACAACAGACAUACCCUUUCGAUAAGAUAAACAUUGCAUUCUCAGAUAUUAUUUGGCUCUGACAUGGAAUCAGUUACAUUGCGAGACCCAUAUAUCACGCUGUCUGUGUCACGGGGUAUUCAAUUUUAUCAGUAGAGCAACGAGCGGGCUCGCAUUCAGGCGAUGAAAGAUGGAUUGGCCGCCAGACCAACGCAGUAGUCUGAGCAAUCGCCUGCUCAAUGGCAUCCACCAACUUGUCCACCUGCAGUCGGAGGGAGCAGGGGGCUCCGUCACACUGGUGGCUACAGUUGUUCUUCAUUUGCAAGAUGCGCCUCUCGAUCUCAGCUACUGAGAAAUUUUCGAAAGGGCCCAGUGAUGGCCAGAGCCCGCAGUCUCUUAGCUCUUUGAAGUAGUGUGUUACUCGUAAAGCUCGUGUACACUCUCUCUCCAACCGUUCGGCAGGGCAAUUGGUUCAAAACAUCUUACCCGCCGGGUAAGUGCUAUCGCACCGUGUGCAUAAGUUGUUAUUCAGUGUGAAGGAUCUCCGACA